GUCUCACACCAACCAAAACGCUUUUGUGAAUGCACUAGUUCUCGAAGACGAUCCCGGAGCCUGGCGUUUUCUGGUAAGUUAACCCCUCUCUCACUCUCUCUCUCAAUUAUUGUUUCAUUUAUUUGAAAAAAAAAAAAUCAGCAUGGAGGAAGCGUCUCCCAUUUCGUUCCACUUGAAGAAGAAGAAGAAGAAGAAGAAGAAGAAAGUUAUUUUCUGUUUCAGUUCCUUCCCAAUCUAUAAGCUUUCUUUUAUUCACAUAUAAUUUCUUCUUUAGAGUUGCUUUAUUGCUUUCUUUGAAUAGUAACCUAUCAUGUUAAGUUUUCGAUAAGUUAAGUUUUCAGCUUUCUUUGAACACUGCGUGAUACCUGUUCGAUAAAAAGCAUCAAUCAAUUUUAAAUUGGGAAGGAUGCCCAUGGGAUGAAUGAACAGGGUUUUCAUAAUUCUACCUUUUUAUUAGAUAGAGAUUGCUGAUCCGCAGUUUGCUUCCUUGGUAUGAGUAGAAUUAGUAGGCAUUCUAACAAAUUAUCUUGGGGAUGGUGUAUAUUAGCAAGAAGGUAUAGUUCAAGUAAACCCACAACUGAAGUAUCGGAUGCGACAAAAAAGAUAUGUAAAAUCAUGAUGUCCUCCCCAGCAGUGACUCUUGAUACUGCCCUUAACCAAAAUGGUGUUAGGGUCUCACCAGAAAUAGUUGAGGAUGUCCUCAAGAAAUUUGAGAAUGCUGGUAUGGUGGCUUAUCGAUUCUUUGAAUGGGCAGAUAAGCAACGACAUUAUUCACACAGUAUUAGGGCUUAUCACACCAUGAUUGAGUCUCUGGCCAAGAUAAGGCAGUAUCAGAUCAUGUGGGAUCUUGUAAAUGAGAUGAGGAGCAAGAGAAUGCUAAAUGUUGAAACAUUUUGUAUCAUUAUGAGAAAGUACGCUAAGGUUCAAAAGUUAGAGGAAGCUGUUUACACAUUUAAUGUUAUGGAGAAGUAUGAUGUUCUUCCAAACUUAGCAGCAUUCAAUGGCUUGCUUAGUGCUUUAUGCAAAUCUAAGAAUGUGAGGAAAGCUCAAGAGAUUUUUGACAGUAUGAAGGAACAAUUUGUCCCCGACUCAAAAUCAUACAGUAUCUUGAUUGAGGGAUGGGGAAAGGCUCCAAAUCUGCCCAAGGCAAGGGAAAUUUUCAGAGAGAUGCUUGAUGCGGGUUGCCAUCCGGAUAUUGUGACUUAUGGUAUAAUGGUUGACGUUCUUUGCAAGGCUGGAAGAGUUGAUGAAGCCCUUGGAAUUGUCGAGAAAAUGGAUUCCACGGAUUUUAAGCCAACAUCUUUUAUUUAUAGUAUUCUGGUUCACACAUAUGGGGUAGAAAACCGGAUUGAAGAUGCUAUCGAUACAUUCCUAGAGAUGGAAAAGAAUGGACUCAAGGCUGAUGUGGCUGUAUAUAACGCUCUGAUUGGUGCUUUCUGUAAAGUAAACAAAUUUAAGAAUGCUUACAGGGUCUUGAAUGAUAUGGAUUGCAAGGGUGUGAAACCCAAUUCAAGAUCAUUUAAUAUCAUUCUGAAUGGUUUAAUUGGCUGUAAAGAGACUGAUGAGGCAUUUAGGCUGUUCCGCAGGAUGAUCAGGCUAUGUGAACCAGAUGCAGACACAUUUACUAUGAUGAUUAAAAUGUUCUGUGAAAGGAAUGAGUUGCAGAUGGCUCUUAAAGUGUGGAAGUAUAUGCAGAAGAAGCAAUUUGUUCCAAGCAUGCAUACUUUUUCAGUGCUUAUAAAUGGACUAUGUGACAGAGGUGAUGUUUCUCAGGCUUGUGUCUUGUUAGAAGAUAUGAUAGAAAAAGGAAUUCGCCCUUCGGUCCAGACAUUUGGAAGGUUAAGGCAUUUGCUUAUAAAAGAAGGAAGAGAAGAUGUGCUGAAAUUUCUUCAGGAGAAAAUCAAUGUCCUUCUCAAGGAGCCUUUAUGGGAUUGAUGAGCCAUGUUCAAUGAACUAAAAGGCCAUUCAUUUUUUUUAUCCGGUGGUGAGAAGAUUAUUCGUGGAUUUUAAGAGCAAAGAUCAGUUUGUGCAGGUUAUCCGAAUAAUCACUAGAGCUGUGGGAUCACAGAAUCCUUGUUCCUUUCAAGAUAUUGAAGCUUAAUUUUGAGUUGCUACUCAAAACUACACAAACUUUAAAUGGAUCACUCAAAUAAUUGACUGAAAGUGGAGUUGAAAUUGCUGGCACAAAGGACUCAUGUAGGGAAAUGAAUCUGAUUAGAGUCCAAGAAUUGUUGCUUGAUCUUCCAUCAAGGAAAACAUGCUGCUGCUGGAAGUGCCACAGGACUGCAGUAGGACUAAAGGAAAAACAGUAGGGAAUGAAAAUUUUCCUCGCGACUCGGUGAAUAUGCAACUUUUUUUUUUUUUCUUCUGUUGGCAUUGGAAUUUGAUUUUAUUAUCUAAGUUAACCAUCCGAUUUGAUUACUUUCCAUGAAGAUAUUUAUUUAAAAUAUGUUCCAUCC